CUUUGCACAAUGUUCAUGAUGGAGAUGAUCAUCAUAAAACCAUUAAUUGUGUUCCUAUAAAGCACCUGGUGUCAGCCCCAUAUGUGCCAGGAACAUGAUCUAGGAGUCUAGGAAGUGUAGACUCUUGUGCGUACUUCUUGCACAAACUCCCAGCGUUAAGCUGAUAAUUGGUCAUUAUUUUAAACCGGAGGCUUCGAUAUACCCUGCAUUCCCUCCUACCGGUUACCUCCUGCCUAGUCGAUGGCUCUUUCCUCUGUGAUGUUUGUUGCUGCUUCCCACUGAGCUGUGUUGUUUGUGGGUGGAUGUGGGGCUUCUCAUCCUGUAGGCUUGAGUUGUGUGUAGUUCAUCUCUUUAAGAGUUCUGUGUGUGUGGCGUGUUGGGGGAGGCUGUCUCACCUGUUCAUCUCUUGGACUUUCUCUGUCAGUUCACUGUGAGGAGACGUUCAGGGAAGGAGACGGGGAGCUAAACUCUCAGCCUCAGGGGGAAGUUUAGAAAAAGUACCGUAUUCUUCCAGCAAGCAUGGACACUUUUUUCCGACGGCAUUUUAAGAGGAAGGAGGCAGGAGAAGCCAUGCAUGACGGCCACGUACCUGAACCCUGUCGACACAGGAGGCCUAGCAUUGCAGUGCCAGCCAGCCGUGCCCGUCGACGCUCCAGUGUAGGCCUUCCGUCCACUGUGUUGACCCAGCGACGCCGAUCCAGUAUCCAACUUCAGGCUUUACCUCGAAUCACUAACAGUCAACUGGUUCCGAAAAGCAGUGGUAGACGGCGGUCCAGCACCACCACCCCAAAGGCCAAUCCUCGCUUUUCCGUACGCCGGAAGAAGGUGGGCAAGCUCCGCAAUAUAGACACACACCUCCUGGGCCCAUCCAUGCUGCUGGCCAGCUUGAUUCAGAUGACAGAAGAGGAGGAAGAGGAUGAGGAGAGCCGAACUCCAUUGCCAGGGCAGGUGGAACUCAAGGGAAGCAGCACCAAGUUCAGGAGUUACACAGAUGUGCUUCUCUCAGAAGGCGACAGCGACAGUGACAGCGAGGACUCCAGCGGCCACUCGGAUGAGAGCCAUCACUCGGGGCUUCGCAAGGAGUGCUUGGAGGAGGCAGAUUUGUCAGACUGGGAGAUCAAAGAGUCCGCUGUCUCAUGCCAGCAGGAAUGCCUUCCUCUGGCUGUGGUGGCAGAGUGUGUCCAGGCCCACCCGCUUAUCCGAGUUCCCCGCUGCCUCCGGAGGAACUCGUCACAUUAUGGCCACGCAGAGCUUGGCCCGCACGUGCACUACUGCUGCAGCACCCAGAGGAGGCGCCAUCGACGGGUCUCCACCAUCUCGAAAGCGGGAAGCCCCUGGCCAGGAAGAGGCCUGCCGCUUCCUAACCGAAGGAGCUCUACCUGCUACAGGGGUCAUGCGACUCUCAAUCCUCUCCUGGGAGCUUAUUACGAUCCCAGGCUGGAGUCUUGGAGUGGAUUCUUGUCGAAAGCCAUAGCCAAGGCUGGUGUGCAGGAUAACGCUCCCCAAUCCGGCGCCAUGAUACCUGCCAAAUGUGAACCCAACAAAGAGAUCUGCAGCACUGUGGAUUGGACUGAAAAUGCCCAGUUUGGUCAACACGUGUGGUUUGAGACCAGUCCGUCUGGAGAUUUCUGUUACGUUGGAGAGACGUAUUGUUUUGCAAAGUCACUGCAAAAAUCUCUUCCUCGCCACAAAUGUGCGUCCUGCAAAAUAUCUGUUCACACUGUAUGCAUGGAUCAGCUGGAGAAGAUUAACUUUAGGUGUAAGCCAUCAUUUAAAGAUCCAGGAUUGAGAAAUGUCCGAGAGACUUCAAAUAUGAGACAUCACUGGGUCCAUAGGAGACGGCAAGAUGGAAAAUGCCGGCAAUGUGGAAAGGGUUUCCAGCAGAAAUUCACCUUCCACAGUAAAGAUAUUGUAGCCAUCAGCUGCUCAUGGUGUAAGCAAGCAUAUCACAACAAGGUGAACUGCUUCCUGAUGCAGAAAAUCGAGGAGACGUGUUCCCUUGGAGCUCACGCAGCUGUGAUCAUCCCUCCAACCUGGAUCAUCAGAGUCCGCAGACAGCAGGCAUCAUUGAAGAGCAGUAAAAGAAAGAAGAAAACAUCUCUGAAGGUCAAACCCUGCAAGAAAACCACAGAGCAGGAUGGCAAAUGGAAGAACUUUGUUGUGAGACCCAUUCCUUCUCAGCACAUGAAGCCUCUGCUGGUGUUUGUCAAUCCGAAGAGUGGCGGAAACCAGGGAAUGAAAAUCAUCCGCACUUUCAUGUGGUACCUGAACCCCCGGCAAGUGUUCGACCUCACUCAGGGAGGUCCGAGAGAGGGGUUAGAAAUGUACAGCAAAGUGCACAACCUGCGUAUUCUCGUUUGUGGCGGAGAUGGAACGGUUGGCUGGAUUCUCUCAGUGCUGGAUGAGCUCCAGUUGAACCCCCAACCCGCCGUGGCCGUGCUUCCCCUCGGGACAGGAAACGACCUGGCCAGGACUCUCAACUGGGGCGGGGGCUACACAGAUGAACCGGUGUCCAAGAUCUUGUCCCAUGUAGAAGAUGGAAACAUGGUCCAGCUGGACCGAUGGAACCUAUCUGUGGAACCCAACUUGGAGGCCAGUGAAGAGGAAAGAGACGAUCACCAGACUGACAAGCUUCCCAUUAAUGUCUUCAACAAUUACUUCAGCCUCGGAUUCGAUGCACGCGUGACCUUGGAGUUUCACGAAUCCCGAGAGGCUAAACCGGAACGAUUCAAUAGUCGACUUCGCAAUAAGAUGUUUUAUGCAGGGACAGCCUUCUCAGACUUCCUGACAGGCAGCUCCAAAGAUCUGUCCAAACACAUCAGGGUCGUGUGUGAUGGUACUGACCUAACCAGUAAAGUGCAGGAUAUGAAACUGCAGUGCCUCCUGUUCCUCAACAUCCCCAGAUAUUGCGCUGGUACGAUGCCAUGGGGGAACCCAAGUGAGCACAAUGACUUUGGGCCACAGAAACAUGACGACGGGCUCAUUGAGGUCAUUGGCUUCACCAUGACCUCUCUGGCAACGCUGCAGGUUGGAGGACACGGCGAGAGGCUUCAUCAGUGUCAGGAGGUGACUCUGACAACCUUUAAGCCCAUUCCUGUGCAGGUGGAUGGGGAACCCUGUAGACUGGCUCCAUCCGUCAUACGCAUCACCCUCAGGAACCAGGCCAACAUGCUGCAGAAGACCAAGAGAAGAAUCUCUCUUCCACAACUCUAUGAUCAGCAGCCCAUCACAGAGAACGUGCAGAUCCAGGUGAACCGUAUCAGCAUGCGUGAUUAUGAAGCUCUUCAUUAUGAUAAGGAGCAGCUCAGGGAGGCCUCGAUUCCUAUGGGGAUAAUUACAGUUCCCGGGAACAGUGUUUUGGAGACGUGUCGGCUGCAUAUCGAGAAGCUACAUGAGGAGGGGUAUGGUAUGAAUACAGAUACGCUGCACAUGCCAAAGCUUUCACCAAAAUGGUGCUUCCUGGAUUCUACUACAGCAGACCGUUUCUACAGAAUAGACCGCGGUCAGGAGCAUCUAAACUAUGUGACGGAGAUCUCUCAGGAUGAGCUGUUCAUCUUGGACCCAGAGCUGGUCACCAAGGAGACGGUGGGCACAUCGCCUGGAAUGCUGGGGGCGAUAGAAACUGUCGAGGGAUGUUCCAACAGCACAGACCAGUUUGCUUUUCCUGCCUGCUCGGCCGGGCCUUCUCCACUGUACAGGGUUCACCAGACGCAUGCUGAAGGCCAAACGGAAAGCGUGAGAACGGAUAGCGACUCACACGUGCAAGCUAGCAAUCCAGAGACUCCCACAAAGCCAGGCUUGUGCAGGAGGGGAGCAAAAAUUAAGAAUUUGAAUCGUUCAAACACACUUGAUGAGGACUCAGUGAAUGUGCCAAGGUUAGAUUUGGGCUGGAACGACAGUGAUCAAGAAUCAAUCAGUUUGCUCUUUGAUGCCGUGAACUCUGACAACAUCGAAAAGCUGGUUCAGAUGCGUGAAGAAGGGGCAAACCUGUUGGUCCAGGACCGUUUCGGCCGCACCCUCCUCCAUCAUGCAGUUGUUUUAGGCAGUAAAGAGAUUGUGAAGUAUAUCAUUGAUAAUGCUCCGGCCUGCAUCCUGGAUGUGACGGAGAAAUCAACAGGGGAGACGGCCCUGCAUAAGGCAGCUGCGUUGUGCCAGAGAACAAUCUGCGGUUACCUGGUGGAGGCUGGUGCAUCCCUCAUGAAGACAGAUCUACAGGGUGAAACUCCAAAGAUGUAUGCAGAAAAAGGUGAAGAUAUGGAGUUGGCCGCAUACUUGGAAAACCAACAACACCACCAGAUGAUCCAGAGGGAGGACCAUGAGACGGCUGUGUGACUGGCCUCCGGAACCCUCUUUUCCAUCCACCACCAAACCACAGAGUCUUAUCUGCUCUCUCCUGUGGCCGGUUUAUCCGGUCGGCAACACGCUAGCGAUGCUAUGAGGCAGCACGUGUGCGGAAAUAAGCUAGUUGCUCUCUGUAUUGAUUGACAAUGCCAAAAAGACAGUGUUUGUGUCAUGUUUCAGAAUGCAUGAGUUUGUUACAUCACGUCCAGCUUUCAGGGCUGCACAAAACUGCAAAACUCUGCUCCUUAGGACACAAUGUGCAAAAUUUUGGGAAUUUCAGGGAUGAAGUACCAUGUAUGAAAGUGGCUUUUACUAUAAGGAAACCAGACAAACCUCACAAGAGAUUAACAGGAGAGGUUUCCGCUGCUUCUGAUUACAUUUACUUAAUAUUAAUGUUUGAAUUAAAAAAUUCUGAUUGCAUAUCUAAAGGUUUUACAGAUUUUAUGUGACUGUAAUCCAAUGGAAACUUCCUCUAGCUUGGCUUCCACUUCACGUGUUUGUUCUGAUUCGAGAUAGACGUUGUUUUCAUAGCCUCCUGCGUUUAAGAAUGCUUCCUCAGCUGUUGCUUACGGCCAGAUUCUCUCUUUGUGGUAAAUGCUUGAAUUUCGUAAAAACAUUCCAUUAAUUACUACCUUAGAUAGCAUUAAAUCAAUUCUUUAUUCACCAUAUAUUAUAAAUCGUAAGCGUUUCUUAGACAAUAGAUUUGCCUUUGGUUAUUUUAUAACCAUAAAUGUUCCCCUAAAUGAAUGAAGUUUCCUUCAGGAAUGGGAUUGUAUCUCUUAGCAUUGCUUACACUGACUGCUACACAUCUGAAUGAAAAUUUUCUCUCACCAGUGUGAUUUUAGGUUCUUUACAGAAUUUAUCAAGUUAUGCAGCAACUUGAACUUGUUCGUUUUGGUUUCCGGCCAAAUUGAGCAUGUUAAGUACAUAGAAAAUUCUUCUGAAAAUAAAUCACAUUUUCAGUGACAAAUGGCUGGGUAACAGAUAUAUUUAUAUCAUGACCUGCGGUUUAAAUUUGUGUAUAUUCAACCUGGUCACUUUAUGUACAUGUAAAAUUGACUAAAUGCUUGAAUAAUAAAAGAGACAGGAAAGCUGGUCUUUUUUACAAAGCAGCCAUUUGACAACACUGUGUUGUCAGCAUUGAAAUAGUGUGUUUGUGGUGAGAUGUCAUUAUGAUAGAAUAUGUAUUUUGUCAGUGCUUUGUAUGAGUUGCUAUGCAAUUCCAAAUAGAUAAUACAUGUAUAUAAUCUGUCAAACAUUUUAAAAAUGUGUGAACAAUCCGUACUGAUAUAAAGCUCUUUCAUUUGUAUGUGAUAUGAACUUAGAUGAGGCUUUAUUUAUAUGAGCAGAUAAGAAUUUUGUUAGAGGAAAAGUCAUAUAUUUGUUCUUGGGGUUGGAUUGUUACUGUCUACUUGGGGAAAAAGAAAUAAUUAAAGACUUUAAAAACAA